AGUGACGGUGGCGGGAGGGGAUGCUGUGCUGGCGGAAGUGGCUGUGAGACCAGGAAGUAGCCGGUGAGGCGGCGGAGGAUGGAGGAGGAGAGCCUGGAGGCGCGGAUCAAUCGGGCUACAAACCCCCUGAACAAGGAGCAGAGCUGGGAAGAUGUGGAGGCGUUCUGUCAUCAGCUCAACCGUGACCUGGAGGGGCCUCAGCUGGCCACACGGCUCCUGGCACACAAGAUCCAGUCCCCUCAGGAGUGGGAGGCCAUGCAAGCUCUGGCGGUUCUGGAAGCAUGCAUGAAAAACUGCGGGAAAAGGUUUCACAGCGAGGUUGGAAAAUUUCGGUUCCUUAAUGAGCUGAUUAAAGUCGUUUCUCCGAAGUACCUCGGUACGCGCUCGCCAGAAAGAGUGAAGCAGAAGAUAUUAGAGAUGCUGUACAGCUGGACGCUCGGACUCCCCAAUGAAGUGAAGAUCACAGAGGCCUACCAGAUGCUGAAGAAACAAGGUAUUUUAAAGGAUGACCCCCAAUUGCCAGCAGAAGCAAUGAUGCCCCUUCCUCCACCAAGGCCCAAGAAUGCUAUUUUUGAUGAUGAUGAGAAAUCCAAGAUGUUGGCCCGCCUGCUGAAGAGCACUCACCCUGAAGACUUACGAGCUGCCAACAAGCUCAUUAAAGAAAUGGUGCAGGAGGAUCAGAAGCGCAUGGAAAAAAUAUCUAAGCGUGUGAAUGCCAUAGAGGAAGUGAAUAAUAAUGUGAGGCUCCUGGGUGAGAUGUUGGGUACGUACCGAGCCGGCCAGUCCUCCGAGGGAAGUGAAGAUUUGAUGAAGGAGCUGUACCAGAGAUGUGAGAAGAUGAGGCCUACGCUUUUCCGCCUGGCCAGCGACACAGAAGACAAUGAUGAGGCUUUGGCGGAAAUAUUACAAGCCAAUGACAGCUUAACGCAGGUUAUCAAUACUUACCGCCAGCUGGUGAAAGGGGAAGAAAUCAACGGAGAGGCGUCUUCCAGCAAUAUGCCAGCCAGUUCUUCUGCUCUGCUGGAUCUCUCAGGACUGGAUAUGACCUCUGCAGCCGCAGCUCCUUCAUACCCUUCUGUUCCGGCCCAGCCCCUGCCAUAUUCUUCCAGCGCCCCCUCCGCCUCCGCAUCUUUAUCGCUGCUCGAUGACGAACUCAUGUCACUAGGUUUAAAUGACCCUGCACCUCCUGCACUGCCUUCAGACACAUCAUCGUGGAACAAUUUCCAGUCUUCAGAGGGGAGCACAGACUCUGCUUCGGGAGAGAAGGUCUCUUCAGUCUCUCAGACUCCGGCCCAGCCUAGUAACGCUUUGGAUGAUCUGGAUCUACUUGGGAAAACCCUUCUUCAGCAGUCCCUUCCGCCCACAGCCAUGCAUGUACGAUGGGAAAAGCCCCAACACAAACCCACACUAAGGGAUCUGCAGAGUAAAACGGGCACCACUCCUCUGCAGCAGCCCGCUGUCCUGGUAAACGUCCCUUUUGUCGGAGUAGAGCAGCAAGUCCCGUCCCCUGUGAAGAGCGACAUCUCCCUCACCAACGUCACUGUGCCUCUGGAAUCCAUCAAACCCAGUAGCAUCCUCCCAGUCACUGUGUAUGACCAGCGCAGCUUUCGGGUCCUUUUCCAUUUUGCUCAGGAUAGCCCUCCAGGCAGGCCUGACGUCCUGGUGGUUGUGAUCUCCAUGCUGAGUACGGCCACUCUGCCCUUCACUGGAAUUAGUUUUCAGGCUGCUGUGCCCAAGGCAAUGAAGAUAAAGUUGCAAACGGCAACUGGCAGUGAACUUCCCGCAUUCAAUCCCAUUCUGCCCCCGACUGCUAUUACUCAGGUGCUGCUGCUGGCCAACCCCACACAGGAAAAGGUGCGCUUACGAUACAAGCUCACCUACACACAAGGAGAUCAAAGCUUCGAUGAAAUGGGGGACGUGGAGGAUUUCCCCCCGGUGGAGAAGUGGGGACAUCUCUAGGUGGAAGUAGAACAUUGGUGUAUUGAAGACUACAAGCCGCCUCCUCUUCUUACGAGAACAGGCGAACCUUCAGAGAAGAAUCCGGCUACAACUGCACUAUCUUACCAAUCAUUCUGGACGUUUUUACCCAAAGCUCUUCUCUUUUCUGUUCAGGGCGCUCUGUGUUUUAGGAAGUCCCCUUUCAUCCUACGUGUGACAUUCUGCUCAUCCUGCUGCUAUGGACGCCUCCUAUUAAAUUAUCUUCAUUUCUCUAUCUCUA